UAAGGACGUUCCACAAGCAAACGGGCGCGACCCCAAAAUUGACAACUCACAACUCAUCUUCCUUCUCCGUUCCAAUGUUCAUGUCUAGCAAACAAUUCUACGAGGUUACCUUGAAGUCGCUUCAAUUCGAAUUGUUUCCCUUCUUUUCUGUUUUGUUUUCUUACGUUGUUCUAUUUCUCCUUCCCUCUCGACGAACACCACCUCGUCGAACGCCAAGCAAGGCGAAUCCUCCACACAGCUUCGAUCUCAUUGACAAUUACUCUCAUCCAAGUCGACCGUGCCUGCGAACUUCUUCUGGUCUAAUUUACGUGUUCAAUACAAACAAUAGGCCAGAAUCGGCGAGCCGUAUCGAACUGGCUCACAUCCGUUAAGUCACCACAGCGACCGGACACAUGCUCAUACAACGAGUUCACCGACACAAUGUCCACCAUGGGCGAGGAAGAUCCAUGGACAUGGGACACUGAUCGAGUUGUCCAGGAGCUAUGCACAGAAAAUCGAACUUGGCCUCCCCUGUCUGCAACACAAGCCUUACCGGAUGCAACAAAACUCGAGUUCGACUUGCGCCAACAUGAAAUAGAUGGCUUUUGGUUGUUGACUGCGAUCACCCAUCAGACAUUGAGAGAUGACUUUGGCCUUGUAGGCGCUCGUUCUAUAAAAUACCGGGGUACAAUACUUCAUGCGAUAUCUCACUUCCGAGGAAAGAGUCAGGAAUACGCUCGUCACGCGCAGCAACAUGGACUACAGUCGAGACCCGAUGGUGGAGAUUUCAGAGAACCUGAAAGAUCUGUCACCACAAGCAAGGCUUAUACCGGUUUGCCUACAGAGGAUGGUGUGUUGCCGGAAGCCCCCGGUGCAAACCAGAUAGCUACAAAGGAACCCCCGCAGGUAAAUCCGAAAUCUCAUUCGCCCGUGCCGAUUGUGCCUCAAAAUGGCCUUGUACCAACUCCAGUUGACGCCGAUGACGGCUGUCGAUCGCAGUUGCAUUCCGAAGAACUGGCUCCAAUUGGCAAUGGAAAGCAAAGAAAGCGUCUAGCGCCAACGUUGAUUUCCCAAUCAAUCGAUCCCGAGCGUCGCAGGGAGAUCCCAACUGCUGCAGACAACGUUCGGAUUUAUGACCCUCAAAAUUUGGAACCAGGAGUUGUAUUUACGGGUGACGAUGGGAGGAAGCGCAUGGUCCCAGUACCCCAACCAGGCCACGACGGGAUAGUUCCACUUAUAUUCCGCCCACCUGAGCUGGCUCCGCCUGGCGCUGUGACUUCCAUGAUAUCGGGUGGGGUUAACGCUCUCGAGGCAGCUAAGAAGCUGGAACAUGAAGCCGAGUCAAAGAACCGCUUACAAAAAAAGUCUACUGCGAGUCUAGCAGAUGGUUAUCUUGGCAAGAAAAGCCUACCCGUGGACAACGUUUUUUAUUCUGGAGUCCCGAUCGGAAAAGAAGUUCCUUUGGCAGAUGGCGGCGAAGGUGACUUUUGCCAGUCAUACGCAGAUAUAUCAACAGGCCGACGUCUAUACGUCAACAAAAGGAUGAGCUUUCUUCUACGUUCGCAAGCUGUCGACUUUCGCCGACAUGGGAAGGGCUUCACGGCGGUGAUUCCCUACCCUCCAAGACUAAAGCCGAGGUUUCAAACCCCUUCAUUCUCGCUAUUUCAUACAACACCAAAUGGCAACGUUAUAACUACGAGAGAAGCCCUAACAUCAUGGCCUGAGUUGAAUUUGGAACAACAAAAACCGUCGGCGUCAAGUCAUGGUGAGGAGCGCGAGCGGUUUUUAAGUUUCAAUUUGCCAGAAAACAUGGCCUUGGGUGGCCCAUCGUCAUAUGACUAUUGGGAUCCGGAGGUCGCACUCGAGAAAUAUCACCACAUUGAUGGAGGAGAUGAAGUGCUUCCGCUUUUUGGUGAAUCUGAUGAGGAUGGUGAAUAUGAUAUUGAGACUUGGCGUGAGAUUGAGGAGGAACGAGGUACCCAAGAAAAAGCCUCGGUUGUAUCACAGAGGCACCCUCUAACCAGUGAGGAAGUCAGUGAGGCAAUUGAUCAGGGCAUGGCUCUGCUUCAUACCAAAUGGCACAACGAGCAGCUUCCUAAACGGCAGCCGAAAGCGUGGAGUAUUUGGCAAAAGUCUCGAACCCGCAAUACCAGGAGAGAGAAAGUCAAUGCGGCUCAGAAACACCUUGAUCGGAUUGUGAAUGACAGACUGGUCAAAAUGCGCCAGGAAAUUAUAAAUGACCAGUGGACUACGCAGAAGCAAGUUCAUAGGCAGUGCCAAAUUAUGGAACAGAGCAUUUUCGACCGCGAAGACCUUCUGUGGCAAAUAUCAGUUCUGGAGCAGACGAAACCACCUGCAAAGCCAUCUCCACCAAAUUUGUCUGCCCCGAAAUCUAAAAAAACCACGGUCCAACAGCUUUACUUGGGAGCUGAUGAAGAGAUUAUCGAUGCUGGGAGCGACUCAGCAAGUUCUGGCGAUGAAAUGGAAGGAUUUAUUGUCAGUGACGAAGAGAGUGCGCGCAGUGACGCGAAUGAACUAGUCACAGAGUCUGAUGAUUCGGAAUUUCGGAGGAGCAUCAAAAAGGGGGCUACACGUCGUCUUCAAAACUAUGGAGACGUCGCUCCGUCUGUUGAAUGCGGUGCUGUGGAUGAUACCCCGAUGAGUGGCAAUGCUGAUGAGGUCAGCGAUAUCGACCACAAGCUGUCCAGUCAAAAUCUGCCUCCCAGCUCCCCGUUGUCGUCCCCGCAGACCCCAGCCUCGUCGCGCCUCCGGCAUGGCGCCUCUGUGGAUGAAAGCUCUGCCAAUUUUGUCGAUUUGACUUUCCUCUCAGAUUCUCCAGAAAUCAUCGAUCUCGUUACUCCAUCCAAAUCCCGGCAGAAAACUGCUGUGGGUGUGUCAUCACUAGGAAGCAAUACUCCGAAAGCGAGAUCUUCCAAUAUAGAGGGGAGCCAAACUUCGGAGUCUGGUGCCCAGUUAGAUGCUGAAAAAUCACUGGUAGUGAAUAAACCGCCAAAAAACAUUCCAUAUGAUAAACCAGCCCUCAUUGCCUCAUAUGGUUAUAAGGCGUGGGAGGAAGAAAACGACCCGGCACGCCUAGUGAUUACGGUUCUCCACAAUAUGCCUAAAGAAGGAAGAACAAGCAUUUGUGAAUUACUCUCUGCUCACAGUCCAGAUGAACUUUGGACCCAGACUAUCGAUGUUAUGCGAGAAUGCCGUGACGGAAAAGAUAAGCUUAGAGGAAUGGACGCGACGACUUUCUGUAUCUUCACGGGUGUGAUCCGGCUUUUCGAAAUGUAUGUCGAUUGCAAAAAAAGAAACAACAGAACAGAUCGUCUGGCGCCGAAAACCUGUCAGAAGCUGAUAGACAAUAUACCGAAGUUUAGGCCCUUUACUCGAGCAUGUCUUGCGGCGGUAGAGGCGUAUAUCGAUGUAACGGCACCCUUGGCUGACGACGACUACGACGACGAUGACGAAGAGCCAUUGUUGCGCACAAAAAGAAGUCUAGUCACACGCCCCAUUCUUAGUGAUGAAGAACAGCUGGAAACCCCAAGAAAACGCCAACGUAAAAUCUUCGAGAACGUUGAGGCCCGCAAGUUAAGAGAAGACGACCAGAUGCGACUACAAGAGCAAGAAGGUCGCCGCCAAAUUCUUCGUAAAAAAUUGGCCCAAUCUGGUUCGUCACUAAAUUCAGAUCGAGCAAAAAUCAUUAUCAAUGAGUCAAAGUAUGAAGACGAGGGCUUCAUUUUCGUCCACGAUCAUAUUGGCAGCCGAAUCAAAAACCAUCAGAUUUAUGGCGUCCGAUUUAUGUGGAGCCAGAUUGUCACAAGAGACAAAGAUGGCGCAUCGCAGGGAUGUCUCCUGGCUCAUACAAUGGGCUUGGGAAAAACAAUGCAAGUCAUUACAUUACUCGUUGCCAUCGCCGAGGCUGCAUGCUCCGACGACUUGUCUGUGUCCUCCCAGAUUCCUGACAGGCUAAAGCGCUCAAGAACUCUGAUACUCUCCCCACCUGGACUCAUGGAUAACUGGAUGGACGAGCUGCUCACUUGGGUGCCAGAAAAGGAUGUGGGCCCGAAAAUUGGGAGGUUUCGAAAGGUCGACUCCAAUAUGAAGAUUGACCAGCGCUUGGCCGAAAUUGACUUGUGGUAUAAAAAUGGAGGCAUUCUUCUGCUCGGCUUUGAAAUGUUUAGAAAUAUCCUGAACAUGGGUCCAGCAGAGGACAAAAAGCCGAUCAUAGACCAGGCUACCUUCGAAGUCGUUGAAGAACAGCUCCUCAAAGGGCCAAAUAUCAUCAUUGCGGACGAAGCUCACAAGCUUAAAAAUACAAAUUCCGCGCUUACAGUCGCUGCGACUCGGUUCGAAUCGAAAAGCCGCAUCGCAUUAACUGGGUCACCCCUUUCUAACAAUGUUGAGGAGUACCAUUCGAUGAUUGAAUGGAUCGCACCCAAUUACCUUGGCCCUGUCGUUGAAUUCCGCGCGAAAUUUGUCGAGCCUAUUGAAGAGGGCCUCUACGGAAACAGUACGAUUGCUGAACGUCGACGGGCGUUGAAGAUGCUAGAAGUCUUGAAGGAAGAUAUUUCCCCCAAGGUCAACAGGGCCGAUUCAUCAGUCUUGAAAAACGACUUGAAACCGAAGAUAGAGUUCAUUAUUACGGUCCCCUUGACUGACUUACAACACAAGGCUUACACCAUCUACGUGAAAGCAAUGCUUGGGUCUCCGCUAGAUGAAAACCAAUUCACUCAGAGUGGAAAAAUACGCCAAACUACUCUUUGGUCUUGGAUUGGAAUAUUGGCCCUCCUCUGCAACCACCCGAUAUGCUUCAAAAAUAAGCUGACCGAACGAAAAAACAAAGUCUCAAAUGGCGAUUCGGAUGGGGAUAUUGCUGUUCCUAGCGACAUCUCGCAGGCUCUGAUUAGUGAGGUCGCGGAUCUCUUCGGCGGCUAUGGACCAGGAACGGAAAACGUAAACAAUUCAUACAAGACAAAAAUCCUGGUUCAAAUUCUGGAUGCUUCCAGGGAAGUCGGAGACAAAGUUCUUAUAUUCUCCACAACAAUUGCAACUCUUGACUAUCUGGAAAAUCUCUGCAAACUAUCGAAGCGAAACUAUGGUCGACUUGAUGGAACCACACCAAUGGCGAAGCGCCAGGGACUCACCAAGGAAUUCAACAUUGGAGAUACUGAGGUAUACCUCAUUUCCACCACGGCUGGCGGCUUAGGGCUUAAUCUCUAUGGAGCUAACCGUGUCAUUAUCUUCGACUUCAAAUGGAAUCCAAUCAAUGAAGAACAAGCAGUUGGCCGUGCAUACAGGCUUGGCCAAAAGAAACCCGUCUAUGUCUAUCGUUUUAUUGCAGGCGGAACUUUCGAGGAGAAGCUUCACAAUAAAGCUGUCUUCAAAAAACAAUUAGCUUCGCAAUUGGUUGAUAAGCAGCAUAUUUUCGCUGUGGCGAAGCGUGAAAAGGGUGAAUUCUUGUUUAGGCCCAAACACGUCGAGCAAAAGGAUCUGGCUAAUGUCAGAGGAAUGGACCCAUCUGUACUUGACAAGAUCUUGGAUUCUCAGGCCGAUACACCUAGCAUUCGACACAUCAUCAUGACAGAUACUUUCAAUCGCAAAGGCGAUGACAACCUUACUCCAGAAGAACGAAAGGAAGUUCGGCAGCUCCUUCAAGAUGAAAAGUUGAAGCGCUCAGACCCUGCCGCAUGGCAGGCACUGGUCAUUCAGCGAUUAGGUAUGGAGAGAAGCAGAAAUGAGGCUCUGUUUCAAAACACAGUUUCUGGACAAUUCCCGACGGUAUUACACGGUCAAAGCGGUCAAGCUCACCAUCUGACCCCUCGAAUGGUCCCACCGCCUUCUCAGCAGCCGGGUGCAGCCACUCCUAAAUCUACGGAUACAAACCGUAAUGAUUCCCCAUCUCGACCGCGUACCCCAAGACCGGCAGUACCAUCCUCUCAAGCGCCACGCACACCUGGUCGGCCUCCUAUCAUGGGAAGUGGGACAAUGUCCAUCGCAGAAGAUUCACAACAGCGGGCACGAGCACCAGUCUCUCCCGUUAGAUCUUUGAAGGAACCAGGUCCAGUGAAGAAUGCGGGUGGUAGAUCUCACUUGCCGUUACCUAGCACCCCCAGUACUUCUCGGCAUACACAACCGCGUCAGCCACUAGGUUCUCAGAAUCUCAUCCACAACCUCGAGCUGUCCUUGAAGCAACGCGGCCAUAGCCAAGAGCAAGCUUCUGAAGGCCCCGCAGCUUCGAUUUAUGAAUACCUUCAACUAUCAACUGGCGAUAACAACGACUUGUUGACAUCGAGAAUCAAGGAAAUAACCGCCUAUAUUAAGAGCGACACUGGUUUCCGAGACAGGGUUGUCUCUCGUGCUUUAGACGCUAAACGGGCUAUAAAGACUGUGUUUGGUGAUAAUAUCGAUUCGUCAAAUUCUACACCUCAAGUACAUGGAAAUGGAAAUGGGACUCUCACUGGGAUCGCUCCAGAGUCGUCAUCCAGUAACGGCUCACCAAAGCCGCCAACUGCCACAGCUUCCAAUACGGCCGCAACAAUGGGUGGAUUAUUGAAAUCAAAAGUAGGCCAAACGUCAAUCAUUUCUUCGGCCGAACAGUCAAGAGAUGUCCAACUCCAAAACCAGCCCAUUCCAAAGUCCCUUUCCCGCUUCGGCAGCAGUUUCUCCCCGGGUCCUCGAACUGACACAGACUAGAAGCCCAAGGGGUCAAAAUCUCAUGCUGCCUCUGAUAGAAAAUACCUCGCACACAUCAACGCUUCUCGCAGAUCCGCAAGAAACUCACCUGCCUCUUCAGGCCCAGCGUCUCGGGUUCCCAAAAAAUUACCCGAUUGGGCUGAAAGGGACAUCCAAGAAGCUCAUCUUCGAGGCCCCAAACAGCGACGAACUCCUCGCGCAAACUCAAACACACCAUAGACCUUUUCAAUUUUUCUACUUUUCGCUUUUACAUCGCAUUCAGGUUACGCAUAUUCAAAUCUCGUUAUUACUGGGGCGUUCGGUCGCGCAUUCGGCGUUUUGCAUUUUCGUGGGACAUGGUCGCAAUUUCACAUCUCAAGAUACCCUAGCCUUCUGGCCUACAUGUUCCCGCUCCGGCGUUGCGGAACGGAUAUUAUAUUUUCACGGAUUUGCUAAGCGGGUACCAGUCACAGACAGUUUCUGCUCGAAGAAACAUGGCUUUUGUGUGAAAUUGGGGCGGGAGAGCUUUUUCUUAUAGCUUGCUCAAUAGAAAUAGAAAUCGGAAC